CCUAACCACAUCACCUGUUCUGGUCUGUCACUACCUACAUCCGCUGGUCUCCUGCUCAUUCCUGCCUGCCUGCACCUAUAGUCAUUAUUCAUCUCUUAAGUCUGGUUCUGCUUGCCUGCCUCACCUACCACUACUAAUCCCCUUUAAUAAAUCUCAUCAGCUUCAUCCAUUACCUAAGAUGCUUUGUGAAUAACCUUUUUCUUACAGAGGUAAAAUUCUAACAGAGCUACGCAUUAACAAUUUAGAGUCAGCUGUGCUUUAUCCAGUUUUAAACUAGUCAAUUAAACUAGUAAUGUAAUGUUUGUGUCGAACUAUCCCUUUAGUAGUAGCUGUAAUUUGGCUUAAUAAAUGCUCUUGGCUCCAGAGUCAGGAUUUAUCAUGACACAAAUCAACACUCCAAACAGGAAGAUACAAGCUUGCUUCUACGGUAGGUUUAAUCUUUUAUAGCUACAAUGAUUUGUCCUGCUUUUAUUACCUUUCUCUGUAUUGUUUUAAUUUAUAAGGGAUGCUGUAUUAACUGAUUACACCUAUCACUGCAGCCAGCCUGAUACUGAGGCUCAUUUUCCCAGAACUCCAUAUAUAUGCUGGACUGACCUGUCUUUGAAGUGUGGUUGUUAAUCAUGUUCAGCAGUUUUCCAUCAUGCUUUAUCAGCUGCACUUUGACACCUUCUAUUAGUUAUUAAUAAGUAUUAUAUAAAUAAGAUCUCUCUUUAGUGAAGUCUGGACUCUCCCUUGUUCCUCUUGAAGAAAGGUAAUUAUUUUAUCUGUGUGUCUUACGCACAGAGUAUAUUAUUACUUAGCGAGUGAAAGGAUUUUUUUUAAAUAUUGAAAGAGCUGUUUUAAAAACACACUUUCUUCCUGUUCAUCAUUUUAUGAAACGCAGGAAAAAAAGAACGGACUCAUUUAGAAACAGUUGUUUUGUUAGCAUAUUCAUUCAAAUGUGUGUUCAUAUUGUAAAUUUCUACUUUCGAGUUGCAGAUCUACAACAGUAAAGGGGUUGGAACUCAACAAGGAAAGAAUGGCAAAACUACUCCCAGUUGCCGUGGGCUUUCUGCUCAUUUUGCACAUCGCUACAUCCAGUAAGCUGGUGUGUCACAUGACCAACUGGGCCCAGUAUAGACCCAGCAGUGCUAAAUUCACCCCAGACAACAUAGACCCUUUCCUCUGCACCCAUGUCAUCUACGCUCUGGCCACCAUCAACAGCUUCAACCAGAUUAUUCCCAUUGAGUGGAAUGAUGAGCAGCUAUACGGCAACCUUAACAGCCUCAAGAAUUACAACCCAGCACUUAAGACUCUACUGUCUGUUGGAGGCACUGUAAAUGGAGUUAGCCCAUUUAUUGCCAUGGUUGGCAAACCUGAGAGUCGUGAAGCCUUUAUUAAGUCAGCGAUCUCCUUCCUGCGUACCCAUAACUUUGAUGGACUUAACCUUGCCUGGGAAUAUCCUGGUCACAACGGCAGCCCACCAGAAGACAAGGAGAGGUUUACUCUGCUGAUCACGGAGCUGGCCAAGGCGUUCCAGGAUGAUGCCACAGAUAACAGGAAGACAAAACUGCUACUUUCAGUCAAUGUGGCCGGUUUCAUUUCAACCAUUGACAAAGCAUACGAGGUUAACAAGAUUGCACCUCACGUGGACUUCAUGAACAUCAUGACUUACGAUUUCCAUGGACACUGGGAGCCAGUGACUGGACACAACAGCCCACUAUACCGCAGCGCUGUAGACAUAGGAUCAAAGCUACACUAUAACAUAAACUCCUCUGUAUCUCACUGGCGGAUUCAGGGAGCACCAGCUGAGAAGCUGCUCCUGGGUUUUCCCACUUAUGGCCGAACUUACCGUCUCAGCACAUCAGCUAGUGGCCUAGGAGCUCCAUCAAAUGGCCCUGCAGAUGCUGGACCGUACACUCGCACAGCUGGCUUCUGGGCCUACUAUGAGAUCUGUGACUUCACCAACAGUGCAACAGUUUCAUGGAUCUCUGAGCAGGAGGUUCCAUAUGCUACGUAUGGUAGCGCCUGGGUAGGCUACGAUGACAAGCGCAGCAUUUCCUCUAAGGUCCAGUGGAUGACUAGGGCCUCUUUGGGUGGUGCUCAUGUGUGGACUCUGGACAUGGAUGACUUCAGCGGGUCCUUCUGUUCAGAGGGACCUUAUCCCCUCAUCAACCACCUCAGGAUGUCAAUGGGUUUUGGUCCAAAACCAACCACCACACCACGGCCUACAACCACUAGGGAUCCCAUUGCCGAUUUUUGCAGAGGCCGCCCUGAUGGGUUGUAUGAGAACGUAGCUGAUAAGACCACCUAUUUCCAGUGCUUCCAGGGCAACACCUACCUUCAUCGCUGCCAGCCUGGCCUUAUCUAUUAUGAUUCCUGCAAGUGCUGCAACUGGCCCUGAGCUAAAGAAGGAUAAACUAGAGCAUGCAAUAUCUCAAUGAAUGUUGUCAUCCAGAGAUGUAUGUCAGUAAAAUCCAUCCAAGGUGUUCAUUACUGCUUAAGCUCAGGAGUGAUGCCAAUGCACAAAAAUAAAUCAUCUAUACAAACUC